CAAUUUUCAAGAUGGCGGAGUGCUUAGCGACACUUUAAGAACAGCAUUUCCGCAUUUACCCUGUAACAAUUUAAAAGUCGUACAAACCUGACCCGAUUUAGUUGCUACAUAUCUGCAGAUUUCUCUCGAGAGCAGCUCACUCAACUUUGAUUUAAAUGCAGUAAUUGCGCGUGCACGCUCAACAUCUGAAGACAUCCUCUAUCGAGCUCUGAAAACAGGAUUCAUAUAUCUAGAGCUCGGCCCAUGGCUGUCGGGUUGGAAAUACAUGGAUACAAGAUGACCGAUGACUGAGGAAUAUUUAUCUUUCUCUGGGUUUCGUGUCGGUGAUGGCUGAGCUCGUGCUGCCAUACUCAAGAAGGUGUAAUUAUUUCUUCCUCUAUGAUGGAUCCAAAGUCAGAGGAGAGAGCGACCAAACAAGAGAGGGAAUCUGCUACUUCUACCCUGAAGAGACCCCUUUAGAUCGGCAGGAGCUGCUCUGUGGUCAGCUGGCGGGCGCGGGUCGCUGUGUCUCGGAACUCUCGUCCUCUCCUGUGCGGAUCCUGAACCUGCACCGCAACAGGUUUGCCAUCCGCAUGGAAGAUGAUUUACUUUGGGCUCUGGGCUGCUCAGUGGAAGUCCCCACCGUCAGUGUCUGUGAGCUCCUGGAUCAGCUCAUAAACCUUUUCUGUUUCUACAACGGCUCCGUCAGACACAGCUACCAGCUGAACAGUCAGGAGACCCUGGCGUCUCGCUGGGCUCAGUAUCUGUCCCACCUGCAGUCAGGAUCCUCAGAGCUUCAGCACAUCUUCAGCUGCUUGACGACCAUCGACUCAACUAAUGUUGACCCCCUUCUGCUGCUCAAAGCUGCCCUCAUUCUUCAGGCCUGUCAGCGCUGCCCUCUGGUGUUAGCAGGCUGUAUUAUUUUCAGAGGAAGAGUUGUAAGCACACAGAUGUCUCCCCAACUCACAAUGAAGUUGAUGGUUCAUGAGAGUGGGACAUACACAAAGCCCCAGAGACCCAAUGGACAGAGCAGCUCAUUUGGCAGCGCUGUCAGCUCCACCGCUGUGUUCCUGACCCCGUCUGAACUUCAGUACCUGCAGUCCACCCCCGUCGACAAAGAUUUCAGUUCCCACUCUACUCCACACAAAAACACCCCCUUAAAGAAGACCCGCCUGUCAAGAACGUUAUCCGACACUCCCUCCUCCACAGAGUCAGAGCCGUCUGAUCCAGGAUCCUCCCAGUCUCCCCAGAAGCUCCUCAGCCCUCACUUGUCAGAAAGCUCUGUGUAUAGCUCAGAUCCAUCACAGAGCACCCCCAAUCCACCCCCUCCGCAGCCUCCCGAGCCUCCUCUCUCAAACGGCAAACACUCCUCUGUGGAGGAGUCGCUGGAAGAGUCGUACUAUCACAGCUUUCACAGCAACGGAGAGGGAGGCAGUCAGAUAGAUAACGGUGGAGACAGCUCAGCGUUUGGAGAAAACUCCCAUCUAAAUGGAGGUGGAGUCGAUGGAGCUUGUGGGGAAGAGUUUAACUUCAGAGUAGCUGAGGAGUCACAUGACAACAAGGUUUCUGAAGAGGUCAGCGGACGUGGCUGUGGGAGAGUUCAGGGCCACGAGGUAGAGAGGCCAGAUCCUCCUCGCUCCGAUGCUUUCGAGCACCCAGGGGAGAGUCCACUGAUCCCCAUGACGCUGUACCUGCACAGGGUCAAAGGCCUGGUGCUGGCUCUGCUGGUGGAGCCGCACUUCUUAAGCGACAAAGCUUCUAUGGAGGAAGUGUAUCACAGCAGCCUGGCGUCACUCAAUGGACUGGAGGCUCAUUUGAGGAGUGUCUCCCCUGGGGUCCCGGGCGCUCCAGGACCCUACAUCUUUGCCCAUUUUGACUGCAUUCAGAGCACACUGACAUCCAACCUGUCUGGUCGACCGGGGGGAGCCCCGGAGCGGCCCUUUGUGAGGGCCACAUCACUCCUUCACUCGCAUUUCUGUAACACUGAAACUCUGCAGGAGGCUAUUAUCAGGAGUGCAGGAGCUGCUGUGUAUGGGACCCGCAGCGUGGCUCAGGAAACUUACUUCCAGCAGCACGGGGGAUUGCUGAGGAACUCCGGCAUCCCUAACCACCAGGACAGUGCUUUCUCUCUGCCCGGCAAGGCCCGCCACAGACUGCUGAAACACGGGGUUAACCUGCUCUGAGGAGCUGUGGUCUGUUAACAUGUGGAGAGCUGCCCUGUGAGUAACCUGAAGAAGCAGGGAGAAUAUUUCAGUUAAAGUUUACUCUGCUUGCUUGCUGCUGUGGUUAAAUUGUUCCCACAGAAGAUUGUAUAAUGAUAGAUGUAUGCAACUUUUACAUUCAUAGCAGAACUUUUUUAAUUUGUGUAGCUAUUAAUCACAGAGAGGGUGUUUGGUAGAGGUAAUGUAGAGAAAUACGUGUUUACAAUGAGGUUUUAUUCAUAGUUUCAGUUGUUCAUGUGUUUCUGUGCCAAAUAUUAUUUCUGUAUGUCUUAAAUGUUACCUUUCUAGAAGUGGACAAUUGCUUUAUUAAGUCAAAUCAUCAAUGCACCGUAUGUAAUAGUUUCUCUAAACUUUAUUUAUUUAAUCAGUAUGAAAUUUAGACAUCUUAAUUCAAUUUAAUCAUGCAUCAUUCCUUGCUGCACACACUGCAAAACGGUGUUGUUUUAGUGCACAAUUUAUUAAAUGAUCUAAAAAAAGUUUGUAUAAAAUAUCUAUUUAUUUCAAAAUCAAAUCUUGGUACCAUUACAAACGUGUUAUUUAACUAUUGAGCUAUUAUAUUUACUGUGUCUGUACAGAUAUGUCUGUUUUCUUAAGUUUGCCUAGAAGACAACCCCUGUGAUAUACUGUAGUGCAUUAUUAAUGAAAAUUAAAUGAAUACAUGAUCCUCUCA